AGUAGAAGGACGGAGCGGUGUGUCAGGCUCGCAGGUUCUUGUUACAUCAGUCCGGACACAUCGGGUGACAGAUGGCAUCCAGGAGUGCCGGCACACUGAUCACCCACAACAAUGCCACCUACAUCCCACCUGCUGUCAUGCCCGGGUACCGCGGACAUGUUCCAACCGAGCUAUUCACCUAUGGAGAUACGUAUGGGAACACCACAGCACGCUGCUUCCAGGAUUUCCGUUCCUCUGCUCUCAGUUCAAGCCAGAGUCCUUACUGCAAGGGGGGGCAGUUCCCUACCAGCUACUCCAAUGACCCUGCACUGGUGCUGAGCAGUAGGUCCCGUGGCUGGGACAGGUUUCUCUACAGUCCUAGCUGGUCCCGCUACAACGUAGACUAUAACAGGACCCAGGAGCUGGACCAGUUCAGAAAGAGUGCUGAAAAACACCGCGACCACUACCGGGACAAAACCGGAACUGUGCCACAAGUGCCGUACUUCAUCUUACCUGUGAAGAACGAGGAGACUUAUCCUCUACCCCAACAAUGGUGAGAUUGUU